ACUAAACUCCUGUGCAAUGUUCAAGCCACGCUUCUGUCUCUCUUUAGCCACUGUUUGGCCUGCCGAGUUAUCCGUUUCUCCCUUUUAACAGGUUUUUCAGGCGGAGCACAUUUGUUCUUGUUAAUUCUUAUCCGUGAGAGAGCAUGGCUCUGUUAAAGGUCCACGGACCUGUCCGGAUGCGCAGCAUGCAGACCGGGAUUACAAAAUGGAAAGAAGGGAGCUUUGAAAUUGUGGAGAAGGACAACAAAGUGAGUUUAGUAGUUCACUACAAUGUUGGAGGAAUUCCAAAGACGUUUCAGCUAAGCCAUAACAUUAAAACUGUGACCUUACGACCGAAUGGCAGAAAGCUGUGCUGCCUGAUGCUAACACUAAAGGAUACCAGCUUCCUGACUAUUGAUAAGGUACCAGUUAAGGAUGCAAAUGAAAUGCGGAUGUAUUUGGAUGCAGUCCAUCAAGACAGGGUUCAUACUGCUGGGAAACCCUCUCAAGGAUCUGGCAGCUUUGGAGGUGUGCUGGGCAGCAGAACCACACAGAAAGAAGCUAACAGGCAAUUCUCCUAUGUAGAGAACCAGACUCCUCCUAAAAGAGUGACCGUGGAAAGUAAGGAGGAAAAUACAUUUCGCAAGGUGCUGGGCACCCCAGCAAGGGGCUCUGUUAAGAAUUCUCCUGGAGCUGGAACACCAAGCAACAGGGUGAACAUUUCUGCAUCUGCUGCAUCAUCGGUCCCUCACAGAACGGGCUUGUUGGAGAAUCGUGAGAAGAGGAAAAGAACACAACCUCCUGGUUCGGAAAUGAGUGAAGAUUAUCCCAAAGAGAAUGAUUCUUCAACGAAUAAUAAAGCCUUGAGUGAUCCAGCAUGGAAGUACUUGAACAGUAGCAGAGAGAAACAGUUGAAUCUGAAGCAGGCUGAGGAAAAUAGGACAUCAGGUAUUUUACCACUGCAGUCGUCAUCUUUUUACAGCAGUCGGUCCUCUUCAAAAGAGUACUCCACUGGCAGUUCCACCCUGGACAGGUCUACUGUAUCCAGCCAGACCUCUUCAGCCAAAAGAAGCCUGGGAUUUCUUUCUCAGCCUGCCCCUCUUUCUGUUAAAAAAAUGAGAUCUAAUCAAGAUUACACAGGCUGGAACAAACCCCGAGUGCCCCUUUCCACCCACCCUCAACAACAAUUGCAAGGAUUUUCAAACUUGGGGAACACCUGCUAUAUGAAUGCCAUUCUACAGUCCUUGUUUUCAAUUCAGUCUUUUGCUAAUGAUUUGCUCAAGCAGGGUAUCCCCUGGAAAAAAAUUCCACUCAAUGCACUUAUCAGACGUUUUGCCCAUCUGCUUGCUAAAAAGGAUGUCUGCAGCCCUGAGGUUAAGAAAGAGCUGCUCAAGAAGGUGAAAAGUGCCAUUUCAGCUACUGCAGAGAGAUUUUCUGGGUACAUGCAGAAUGAUGCACAUGAGUUCUUGAGCCAGUGUCUGGAUCAGCUGAAGGAAGACAUGGAAAAGUUAAACAAAACUUGGAAGAGUGAACCAGCCCCUAAUGAGGAAAACUCACCAGGACGAGCUUCUGAUGACCUCUCAGCCACCAAAGUUUAUACAUGUCCCGUUAUCAGCAACUUGGAGUUUGAGGUUCAGCACUCUAUCAUUUGCAAAAUGUGUGGUGAAACGGUCACUAAACGAGAACAGUUUAAUGACCUCUCCAUUGACCUUCCUCGAAGAAAGAAAUUGCUUCCUUCCCGAUCGAUCCAGGAUUCUCUUGACCUCUUUUUUCGUGCUGAGGAGAUUGAGUAUUCCUGUGAGAAGUGCAAUGGAAAGUCUGCUGUUGUCACACACAAGUUCAACAGGCUUCCCAGGGUCCUGAUUCUUCACCUGAAACGAUACAGCUUCAAUGUAGCAUUGUCUCUCAAUCAUAAAGUUGGGCAGCAGGUGGUUAUUCCGAGAUACUUAACCCUGCUUUCCCACUGUACCGAAAGCACCAGGCUGCCACUGACGCUGGGAUGGAGCGUCCAUUCUGCCAUUUCCCGUCCAUUGAAGGCCUCCCAAAUGGUGAAUUCUUGUACUGUAAGCACUUCCACACCUUGUAGAAAAUACACUUUCAAGUCAAAGAGCUCUGCAACACUGUGUGUAGAUUCUGACAGCGAUGAUGAGCCAUUGAAACGCUCUGUUGCCCAUAGCCAAAGGUUGUGUAACAUACCGAGUAGAGAUCAGCAACAGCUGCAAGAAGAGCCAGAGAAGGGUUCAAAAAGAAGUAAAAUGGAGGGUGAUAAACCUGAGCUGGGUAAUGCUGGUUUUGAUGGGAUGAGCGAAGAUGAGCUGCUAGCAGCUGUCUUAGAGAUUAGCAAAAGAGAAGCUUCUCUGUCUGUGAGCCAGGAUGAAGAUAAGCCCACAAGCAGCCCAGACACUGGUUUUGGAGAUGAUGAAAUUCAGGAAUCGCCGGAAAACCUAGAAUCUGUGGAGAUGGAGAAGCCCAGAACAGCAUUAGACUCAGGUCCUGCCAAUUUCACAGAGAUAACUAAAGAUUUCGAUGAGAAUAAGGAAAACAAAACUCCAGAAGGCUCCCAGGGGGAGGUUGACUGGCUGCAGCAGUAUGAUAUGGAGAGAGAGAGGGAAGAACAAGAACUUCAGCAGGCACUGGCUCAAAGCCUUCAAGAGCAAGAGGCACGAGAACAAAAAGAGGAUGAUGACCUCAAACGAGCCACGGAAUUAAGUCUACAAGAGUUUAACAGCUCUCUCCUGGACAGCGUUGGUUCUGAUGAAGACUCUGGGAAUGAGGAUGUUCUUGACAUGGAAUAUUCAGAAGCUGAAGCAGAAGAGCUGAAAAGAAAUGCUGAGACAGGAGAGCUUCCUCACUCCUAUCGUCUCAUCAGCAUCGUCAGCCAUAUUGGAAGCACAUCAUCUUCAGGUCAUUAUAUCAGCGAUGUCUAUGAUAUCAAGAAGCAGUCCUGGUUCACCUACAAUGACCUGGAAGUGUCUAGAACUCUAGAGACCACCGUUCAGUGUGACAGAGACCGAAGUGGCUACAUCUUCUUCUACAUGCACAAGGAUAUCUUCGAUGAGUUACUAGAAACAGAAAAAAAUGCACAGCCACUUAGCAUGGAAGUAGGAAGAUCGGUUCGUCAGCCUCUGUGAAGAGUAAAACACCUUGUUCCUCCUGAGGAGCAAGGAAGAUUCUGAACUUGUGCCAGACAACGCAGGAGUAACAAACAGCUCAGGGCCAAAACAAGAGACAAAAGAUAGAAAUAUGGGACGCUCGGUUUGUUGAACCAUCUGUGCAAGUCCUGGGCCUGAACUACGCGUUUAAACCUUGACAUCCAGAGCGAUCCUCCUGUGGUGAAGUUUUUUAUUGUUCUCAAAUAAUUUUGUCAGCAUGGAGCCUUAAAGAGUUGCAUCAAGCCACGAGACUACAGCUGCUCAUAAACUGGUUUAAAGAAUAGUGCAAAAAGAGACUUGACUUUAAAAGCCCAUUCACCUGUGAGACGUGAGUGGCGAAGAUUUACAUAUCACUUGGCGCUUUUUUUUUUUCUCUUUCUCCAAGAGCAAUUUAAGCAAUAGACUCUGUAACCUGGCGUGUGUUGUGUUAGUAAUAUUCACUGGAAGCCCCGAUUGCUGAGUAGGCUCUUGCCAGUCCUCUGGCUAACAGGCAUUUUGGAAUCACUCAAGCUGAUGCAUUGUGACAUUCAUGGGUUUGUGAGUGCUCCGCUAUUCACAUGCGGUUCAAGGAAACAGACUGUCGGUGCUGUGGAAUGUAUUGAUACCUGGUGGCAGCUCUGUCGUUUUUUUACACCAUUCACUGUCAUCCUCAUUUAGACAUGAGAUUAUAUAUGUGAUUUCUUUUUUUUUGUUUUACAAGUUCUAUUAUCUGAUUGCAUUUUCUUCAUGAGGUUGUUGCAUCAGUACCAUUUGGAGAGGCGAGGUCUCUUGUUGGGUGUGCUGUGUUUCUCACUGGUGUUACGUUGCUUGGGGCUGCUCCGGUGUGACUCCAGAGUAACUGAACACCUGGAACAGACAGAGCAGUGGCAGGAGGUGAGCGACAGCUGCUGUGCAUCUUCUGGGAAGGAAAGAGCAUUCUGGUGUUGCCCUUCCUGCUCAGACCUGGAUCAUCAUGAAACGAGGAUGCUGGGAAAAGGGUCUGCAAGGCAGCGCCUGGCACUUGAAUUGCUCUGUGACUGAACCAUGGUCUUUCCUUGAUCUUGUGUUGUUCCAGGGUAAGAGGCUUUGUACUGCAGCUAUGCCUCUGUUCUCCUUUCUCAGGAGUGCAGGACGCUCAAACUGUGAAACUAAACCAGGUAAAAACUUACAGAAGGCCCUUGUUCAGCAUAAAUGGAACAUGGUUAGAAAGAAGUGUUGCUUUUUAUUGGGUUUAGAGGCAUGAUGCUCCUUUUAUAGUUUGUUUCAGCAGUGGGAGUAGAAGCCCAUUUCAUUUUUUUUCAGCACCUUUGCACUAAUUUAGCAGGGGCAGAUGUUUCCUUUCACUAGUAUUUACUCAUUUCAGAGAAGUUGUUGCUGUAAGCAGAGUAAUUGCCUUUAGUUUUGAUUAUCACAGCUUGAGUUCCAGAGGUGAAAGACUUCUUUAAAAAAAAAAAAUUCAUCUUUUUUGCUGUUGAGAUAGUUUCUGAGUUUUUUUAACUAUUGUUAGGAGUUUCUCAGGAAUAAAAUCAGCUGAAGCAAAGCAGACAAAACCAUCGAUUUAGGAGACAGCAGGCACCUUUCACGGGUACUUCCACACUAUAGUUUAUCCUAGCGGGCUGGCUGGGAUUGCUGCUGCCUCAGUGGCCUCUUCCCACCUGUGUGUGCAGCAGUGAGUGACAGCUGUUGGUGUCUUCCCCACCCCGAGCACUCUGGGGACUCCGGUGUGGUGAAGAGACUGACCUCCUUCCCAGUCCCCACGUGUGACGAGCCCAGGGCCCAGGUCGUGGUGGCGUCUUCCUGGUCUCUGAGCUAGGAGCAAAUGUUUGGUUGUAGACAUGACAGAACAUUUAUCUCGUGAGAUGCUGCCCGAGGGGCUGUAUAUGUUAAUUUAUUACAAAGCAUUAUACUUUUCUAUUGUUGAUACUAAUUUUGGUAGAAUUCCAGGCAAUGGGAAGAGGUGGUAACAUGGGAGUUGUCCUUUGAACUGAUCGCCCUGCGAAUGUGAUGGACUGCUCCAUCCAGAGGGCAAACCCGUUUUCCCCAAGCACAUCCCUUGCUUGUGCUGUAAAUAACUGGUAUUCCUGUAGUGUCAGAAGUCAGAUCUGCUUUUUUGGUUGGCAAGGUUGUUUUUGUAAGGCGCUGCACUCCAGUUAAUUUAUAAUAAAAGCAAACAUUGCCUGAUUUUUCAGUGCAGUAACUUUUGUUUAAAAUUAGUUUUGUUUGGAUCAAGAUGCAAAAGCUGAUGCUUGAAACCAGUGUUCCUUGUUUUAUGAAAAGUUCUUGCCUGUUAUUCUAGCCAUUAAGAAUUUGCAGACAUCUGUUAAUGAAUUUGCGCUUUUUUGUUUGGCAUACGGCAACUCAGUCGCACCUUCACCCUGACAGGAUUGUCCGUGGAGCCCCUUCCUUGCAGAAGCCAGCUUUGUCCCUGUCUGAGAGCAGGGGGUAGGAAGGUGGGUAUGUAAUCCUCAAGGGAUGUGCUGCCCACCAGAUGUAUCAUUCCCACUGCUCACACUGUUGCAGCAACAAGUUCAGUGAGGUUGUACUUUCCACAUGGAAUACCUGUCCUGGGGUAUAGGGCGGCGAAGCUCAGUUGCAGUCCCUGAACACGUGCAAGCUCUUCCUCAGUUAAUUAUUUACUUGCUUCUGAAUCAGCCUAGUUUAGAACAAGUGUGAUUCAGUAUAUGAACUCAAGGAAUUCCCAUCCCACUGUCCCUUUGUCCCCUCAUUGUCUGACUGCUCUAAUUUGCUCUUGAUUUACACCCCUAAUCCGAGAGGUGCAAAGCUUUUGUGUCAAUGAACUGGAGCUUGUGUGCAGGUCCCUGGGGAGCCCUGGCCAGUGGGGCUGCACGAGGAGCCUUUGCAGGGCAAGGACAAGGUUUCCCGACUGGAGUGGCAGCGUGGGACCGACAGGAGGGAGCAGGGCUCUCUGACGCCUGUGGCCAUGGCAUCACCUUCCACCUCUUGCUCAGUGCCGGACAGAUAACCAUCGCCCGUGCAUCCUCCUUCCCGUCCUGAGUCCAAGGAAGGGCUGAUUGCCAGCUCAGUGCUUCCUGCUGUAGUUCACCCCGGCACGGGGCACAUGGGGAAUGUAGUGCUCGGGGAGUGGGGCUGGGAAUAACUCAUCUGCUUUGGUUUUAAUGGAGCUAAUUAUCCCUGUAAUUGCCCGCCAAAGAGAAAAAGAGGGAUGUGGGACCCCUGGCAGCUGCUGUCCAUGUGGUCUGCUGCCAGACUCCAACCUUGCCUGCCCCGGGGUGGCUGCUGCCGGCUUCUGCCUGCACCUCGACACUCUGGUUCUUUACACUGUUGAUGUGGAGCAGCGCUUUUCUCUGUGUUUUAGCAGACCUGUUCCUCUAUUCUUUACAGUUUUUGCUCUUGGGUUCCUCCUGCCCAUUUUUAAAUGAUGUGUAGAUAGAUUUUUGUGAAAUUAAAACCUCUUUAUU